UGAGACAGUUAUUUUGGGACGGAGGGAGUACUUUCUUGCAAAGGAAAAAAACAUGAUAUUGCUAAUAAGCAGAUGUACACUUUGUUAAGACCUAAACAAACACGGACCGGCGGGUAACUCAAAAGAUCGGCCUAUCUUCAACACGCCAUAUUCUAAAAAAAUGGACCCUAAUCCCUGGCGAACAGUUGCCAGAAGGGAUGGCAGCCGUGAACCCCCUGGAUGGCAUUUUUGUGUAUUGGUGUGAGGCUGGGUUCGCAGUUUGAUUGUUUAAUUUGCGUCAUUUUCUCGGAUGUUGCUUCCAUAGUUCCAUGCUCGUACUGUGCUUCCAUGUCGAUUUUACCCUUGACCAAUCCACGGCUAGUGAGGUAAGUGGGAGCGUCUUGACAUUUUCCUACAUUCUGAUCUGAACCCCUUCUUGGAUAAACACGUUGCUCCAGUAAACAUCUGCAGCAGAAAUCAGGAAGAAAUAGGGAGCGCCACACAGGGCGCUCUUUCGGAAAGUGGGCUUAUAUCCAUUCUUAGAUAGAUAAAGUAAAAGCGCUAAAAUUAGUAAAAAAUGUUUUUCCAUGCACACCUAGUGAUCGACUAUGCUAACCACAGAGGCCAUGAGUCAAAUAUAGCUGACGAACUUGGAACCUUUGAGAGACGGCCCAAAAAAAGGAGCAUGCAUGCCAUGGUUACCCAAAAAGUGUGUGGCUUCCCUUCUGCUCGCACCCCGCCCAUCCAACCCUUUGCUCCAUUUCGUGUCAUGCUUCCUCAUGCUUUGCUUUCCCAUUUGCCCCAUUCUUCCUCCUUGAAGCAUUUUCUUCCCCUUCUCCUUACAUUUACUUUCUUGCCAAAUUUAGGACAGCCCCCGCCAGUUCCUUUUCCAUCUGAUGCAUCAUUCUAUCCUGUGUGUUCUCAAUGGAGUUGCCAGGGUAGGGUAAGGUGUCCAUUUGCACGGGGAAGAGGGAGGAGCGAAUCCUUAUUGCUCAAUCUCUCUUUCCCGUAUUCCUCUAUUUCAUUCUUGUUAUCAUCGCAGCUACUUCAUCCGGAAGGAGGAGCAAAAGAUCCUUUUGUCGAUCCGGGAAGAAAAGAAAAAAGGUGGCGCAACAACAGCUUGCUUGUAUAAUUCAAAUGCCUCUUCCUUGACUUGGGAAAAGGGAAGGCUUGCAAAUUCUGAAGCAUGGAGGAGGUGCCAAGCGAGAAGAAACAAACUGAAUCUGAAUCAAUUAAUUGCGCAACUAGUUCAAGCAGCAACCAGGACAUUCCCAAUUCACUGGUGAAUAAAGAUGAAGACCCCGCUGUUGGGGUGGUAACAGAGUUAAAGAAGGAGGGGACGUCCGUUGGACAGAAGGAGGAAAGCGCAUCUACGGCUAUCGACUUGAAGGAGGAGGGUACAGCCACCCAACUGAAGGAGGAGGGUGCAGCCACCCAACUGAAGGAGGAAGGGGCUUCCAAGGAGGAUGGGGCAGCUAUCGACUCCAAGGAAGAGGGGGCAAAAACCGAAUUGGAGGAAAAGUUAAUGUUAUCCCAGAGGAAGGACUAUGAGAAGGCUAUCGAACUAAAGGGAGAGGGGACAAGGCUAUUCCAGAGGCGGGAUUAUGAGGGUGCGGCCCUCGAGUUUGAUAAGGCAAUAAAGCUCUUGCCAAAGGAGCACAAUGAUAUCGCCUUCCUCCACUGCAAUAUUGCUGCAUGUUACAUGCACAUGAACCCUGAGAGUUAUGAACGAGCGGUUGACGAGUGCAACGCAGCACUGGAGGCAUCGCCCAAGUAUACAAAUGCGCUGCUCAAAAGGGCACGGUGCUUUGAAGCAUUGGAUAGGCUGGAUCUGGCUUGUGAGGAUGUGCAGAAGGUGCUGAGCUUGGAACCAAACAAUGUCAGUGCAUUGGAGCUCUAUGAAAGCAUUAGGGAGGAGAUGGAGACAGAAAAAUUGCUGGAGAAUCAGGUUGUGUCACCGGUAGAGCCUAAGGCCGGUUUUUCAAAAGAAAAAAUCCAGCGGAAAAUAUCUCGCAAAUUUAGAAACAAUUCCAUAGUUGAGGAGGUGUGGUUGAUUCACGAUGACGAUGCGCAAGAGGAUGAUGAAGAUGACACGGAUGAAGAGUGCAGUGAAGAAAACCACGUGGAGAAUGAUUUAAGCAAUGAAGGAAAUGAUACUCGGGAUAUGCCAUCGAGGCAUAAUCAUGACGAGGAUAAAAGGAACACAGAACAGAACCAUGUGAAGCAUGGUCAGUACAAACUAGGAGCAAGUGAUGAAGGCCAACAACUGCAGCAUGCUUCGAGGGAUAUGGAACAAAUCCACUGUAAAGAAACAGAGAGUCAAAAUAAGCAUGAAAAUCCCCUCAAAGAGAUAAAGGUGAGAAGUGGUCAGCAUCAGCAGAAUCAAGUCGGUGAUAUGGACAUGCGUCAAAAGCAAAUUGAGGAUGUACCAACCACUAGCCGUAGCAAGCAAGAAAUCAACACUGAGAUGUAUGAAAGGUUUAUCAAUGGAGGCCAAGCAAGACGCUCCUUGCAGCGGCAUACCAGUCGUGGUGGGGAAAAGCAGGAAAAGCAAACCCCAAUCAAACUAGCAAGUCAUGGGGGAGAUGAGCACCAAAAACAGAAGCGCACAUAUGCUACCAAUGGAGAUACAAAGACUGUAAAAUUUGUUAUGGGAGAUGACAUAAGGAUCGCACUUGUUCCAGAAGAAUGUAGUCUACUGCAAGCGAUAAGCGUAGCUCGGUGUAAGUACAGCCCCCACCUGAAGGCGAUGCUUCUUAAGUUUCAGGACAUAGAGGGUGACUUGGUGACAAUUACAUCAACUGAGGAACUAAGGUGGGUUGAAGAUCUGAAGCAAGGACCCGCUCGGCUGUACAUAAAAGAAGUAAGUCCUGAGCGCGAGAUCACCAAGGACAUCGUCAUGCCCAAUAUUUCUACGGUGAUGCUGGAAAGAAAGCAUAGCGUCUCUGAGUGCGAAAGCUCUAGACAUGCAGCAGAAGACAAGAGCUCAUCAUAUGCUGAUGACUGGAUGGUGCAGUUUGCUCGUCUAUUCAAGAACCAUGUUGGUUUUGAUUCUGAUGCAUUAGUGGAUCUCGGUGACCUUGGUACGCGGCUGUGCAUUGAGGCAAUGGAAGACACCAUCACAAGCGAAGAAGCCCAGGAGAUAUUUCAUGCCGCAGAGGCAAAAUUUCAGGAAGUGGCAGCUUUAGCAUUUUUUAAUUGGGGCAACAUACACAUGUCUCGUGCAAAGAAACGGUUAUCUUUAUCAGAGGAUGCUUCAAAAGAAUCUGUACUUUCCCAGGUCAAAACUGCAUUCGAAUUGGCAUGCGCUGAAUAUGCCAAAGCUGGGAAGAAAUUUGAAGAUACUGUGGAUGUAAAGCCAGACUUUUAUGAAGGUCUUAUUGCCCUUGGAAAUCAACAGUUCGAGCAAGCAAAACUUUCUUGGCGUUAUGCAGAUGCUUGUAAGGUAGACAUGGGAACCGAAGUGCUAGAACUAUUCAAUCGUGCUGAGGAUAAUAUGGAAAAAGGAAUGGAGAUGUGGGAGGGAAUAGAAUACUUGCGACUAAAAGGGUUAUCUAAAUCAAAAAAGGAGAAAAUCCUACUGGAUAAGUUGGGAAUGGAUGGGCACCAAAAAGAUUUAACAGCAGAUGAUGCUUUUGAGCAAGCUUCAAAUAUGCGAUCACAGCUAAACAUUUCAUGGGCUACCAUUCUUUAUGAGCGUUCCGUAGUAGAAUUCAAGUUAGGUCUUGCUAGCUGGGAGGAGAGUCUCACCGAAGCAAUUGAGAAAUUUAAGACUGGUGGGGCUUCACUGGCAGAUAUCAGUGUAAUGAUAAAGAACCAUUGUGCGAAUGAGAAAACUCAAGAAGGUAUGAUGUAAUCGUGUGACCUUUUUCUGUAAUUUCUUUGUUCCUCUGUUGCUAAAUCAUCAAAUACCAAAAUUUGUAUAUGUACACCAUGUAUGCUAAUAAUUUCAUGCUUCUUAUAAUGAUUAUUCUGGGAAAUGUAAAGCUUCUGCAUGCAGUUCAAGUUUUACUACUUCAUUCAUUGAGAAAGACAAUUUAAACCCUAACAUAGGGAGCCAUCUUCGAAUAUUUUUGAUGGACCACUAGUGUUAACCCAAAUUGGUGGAUGGCUAUUUGUAAUAGUAGACAAAAAAGACUAUGGCACAUUUCCAAAUAUCCAACAUAUACAGACUUGUAUGUUAUCACGAAGAAACACAAAUAUUAGGAUCUGCCAUAGUCAGUGUAUAGCUUGCCACUAUCCAAAGACAAUUGGUUUCAUCAGCGGAUAGUAAGGUAUGUCCACAACAACUGUCGUGCUACAAUUUGUAACAAUAGAUUCCGGAAGCAACUUCAGUAUUACUUGAGAUGGACAAGAAAAUCAGAUUUCAUUAAUUUGUCUUGGUCAUGUUAUGCCUUACAAGUACUAAAGAUUACAUUUAAUCUUGGUGCUGAUUGUUACAUUUUAACUUUACUAAUCUGCUAUGCUAGAAGUUGGAAAUUUUAGAUCCUCUUAACUACAUUCAAGGGCAUAGAAGUUGUUAAUAUUUUCUAUUUGUUAUUCAGGAUUGAGCUUCAAGAUUGAUGAGAUAGUUCAAGCAUGGAAUGAAAUGUACGAUGCUAAAAAGUUGAAAAAUGGUAGUUCUUCUUUCCGUCUUGAACCUUUAUUUCGAAGACAGCCUUCGAAGCUGCAUAAUGUACUAGAGCACAUAAAGCACACAUGAGCUUGUAUUUAACAUAGGACUUGAUGCUGUCGACAUGGAUACGACUGUUGAUACUAAUUGCAAAAAGGUAAUUUCAUUCUUUGUUGAGAUGUAUUGUUGAGGUUAUUCCAAGAUAUCUAUUUGAUGUAAUACACUAGUACUAGAAAAGUAACCGCGGCAACUUUUUCACCAUGCGGAAUCACUGCAUACAACCAUAAUAAUGACUAGAUAUAAAAUUAAGAAUGUGAUGCAAUAAAUCACAAUAUAAUAUCCCUUAUGCAGUGACCAAAGCUAUAAUACCACAAUAAUAUAACAAAAUGAAGUGUUGUGGGCACUGGGGCCACACUUCUCUCCAAUACUCCAACCCUUUCCAAUCAAUCAUCUCCCCCUCUAAACUUCCUCGCUACCGUCUCUAUAGAAAGGGCUAAGCAACUGCAAAAGCCAGGACUUGAACUCAAGACCUUAGCACUGUUACCAUGUUAAGCUUCAUGCACUAGCCAACGCAAUCAAAAGUCUGAACUGAUGAAAAGGGCUAGGCAAUCCACAUAUACACUUCAACAGCAUCUAGAUCAGGGCAUAGCUCCCGGGAUAGGAUGACAACAGUGGACGGCUGAAAAGGGGCAACAUGUACAUCUCCUAUAGUGCUUAGACCCAUUGAUGGUGACAGCAUGGCAAGGGCGGGAGCGUUUCCAUGCUUGAGAAGGCCGCUAGCUACCUCUGUUUCUCAUUGUUCAGGCCUGUCAUCACUCAUGAGAGCAGUUCAGCAGACAAUUUUCAUAGUUUGGGAUUGUAAUGUUUAAGGUCAUAAAUGUUCAGGGCCAAAAAACAGACUUCUGCAAGAAGAGCUGAAAAGAAGACGGCGUUUUCUAUAUUGUUGCAAAAUAAUGUAUUAUAGCGAUGUUCUGGUUUUACGGUUCUUACACUGAUUGUAGUUCCUCUGUUGCUGAAGAGGAUGCUCUAUAUAGACGAGCAAAGAAACGAAGCUUUUUCCCAAGGCUGAUAACCAGAAUUGAGCAAUGGGUAUUAGAAUAAAAAAGUUAUAUGUUUGGUUCAUCAAUUAUUGACGCGGCUUUAAAUUGCAACCCAGUUUCAAUGUUGUUUUAUUUGCAAGUCAACUCUAAGUACCGUAACAUUGUACCCUUUGCCCCAAUAGAAGGGUAGCUUUGAGCUGAGGUGGACUUUUGGCUAACUGAUGUGGCAGACACCUCAGCUCUCCACACCCAAAGUAAAAAAACAUCAUCACAAGUUUUUAUUGGCCCCACGUGGCAUCCCCUUCCAUACCUUACUAUCUUCCCUUGCUCAUCUCUCUCCCUUUUAUCGGCAAGUGGAAACAUGGGUUAUGGAUGUAGUGGCAUCUCUUCUUCUUCGUUACACACUCUAGCUUCCUCAGUCGCUUGCUUCCUCAUCCACCCUUGGAAACAUUUGUUCAGUAUUCUCCAUAUCGUCCAGAAGUUAAGGACCUUCACCGUAUGGGUACUCCCGGAAGAUGUCACUUGGUGGCAGCAGCACCACCGAGCAGACACUCCACUCUAAGACCACAAGGAUGUCACUUGGUGGUACCUGGAUCUGGGAGAUGAGAAGUUUCAUAUCAUCUCCUGGCCAUGCCAGCCACUUCCUGGUUAUCUAUCUCCAGUGAGGGACUGUCCACCUACGAAUAGCAAUGCUAUGGAGGUAUGGCUUGACGAAUCACACCAUGUCCAGCACUUAGAGCAGACUGGUGGGUGAUGUCAAUGGGCUCCCGUAGGUGGGUCACCAUCUAUGGUGUAGACUGAUCUCAUUCUUGGUGUUUGCAAAAUAUACUACGACAGUAGCUGAAUCCUUUGAGGGACUAAUUAUAGACCUUUUCCUAUUUCCAAAAAUUUUAAAGGCCCAUCUUUUAUGUGUUAUUCUGUUAGUAUUAUUUUGAUCAUUGGAGAAACUUGAGUUAUCCGCAUAUCUUUUCCAUAUGAUACAGGCUCUGUUAACUCAUCUUAUGUUUAUCAUUUUCUUUGUGCGUUCUGUGAGCACACCAAGUCAUAUGCAUGCUCAAAUACGAAAUGAUUUUGACAUGUUCUGCAGGCUGUUGACUUUUCGGAACUGUCUAUAUUCAUGAACUGGAACAGAUGAUAUUUCCAACUCAAGCUACAAGGGCUGUUCAGGAUGCACUUUGCAAAGCUUACAGGAUAUUUCACAAGCUGCAGAUCUAUUUUACCGAUACAAGUGCCCCAACUGCGUAUUAUUAGAUACAUAGCUAAUCUCAACUGUUGUAGACAUAUAAGGGUUAAAGUUCAGUGUGAAAGUUUAUAGUUUUGGAAUGAUCGAAUGGUAUGUAAUUUACUAGAAGGAUUUGCCAUAUGUACUGUGCUGAAAAUAGAGUAACAGUUCACAUCCACUAUUCGUAUACAUGAACAGUACAAAGUUAGCAGCACAGAUGGAACCUGACAAUAGAUUAGGGAUAUGAUUCGAUAAGUUUCUCUCUAUUAGGCAUAUGCUUCCUCAGAUUUAGAGAUCGAUUCUUAGUGGUUAAUUUUUAUCCCCAAAUUGCGAUGUUCAGCUAUAGUCUCUUCCUUUGGUAGAUAUCAUAGAUCCGUUCACUCCUCCUUCGCCUGGUGUUAUUUUACAUCUAAUAACUUGCUUCAAUGGAAUUUUACUCCAGUUACAUGCUAUCAUGCACCGCAGAUAUGCAGAAAAGAGAAAGGAACUCCUAUUGAUGAUUUUUUUACCAUUUACAAGAAAACUGCAUAACGUUGAAGGAUUCAUGGAGCCAGAGGCACUCAACUUGAUGAAUAACCAUCCGAUCCUACUCUCUGCUAGAAGAGUUCUGCGUUUUUUUUUUAAGUUAUAUGAAAUAUUCAUUCAUAUAUCUCGGCUACCUAAAACUGUGCAUACAUCUUAGGAUGCAGAGUCCAGGGCUAAUAAAAGCUUCCAUUUCUAAGAGAUAAUCCAAAAGUGCACAUUACUCUUUGUAAAAUUCAACUACAGGAAGUGUGCUAAUUUUAGGUCAUAUAGAGUGAGGUAGAGACAAUAAUAUUUAUUUUUUACUCUGUUGGAAAUGAACCUGUACAGAAGACCUACAAGGAUACAAUACAGGUGAAUGAUUAACCAAUUACCCCAAAGAGGAACAAGAGAAGAGUAAGUAUAAACUCAGAACCUCAAGAGAGGCCAAAGCAAUCCAACUAACAACACAGGAAAGUGAGAUCAGCGAGGCUACUCCCCUUCGUACUUAUAUUUUUAACUCGAUGCCCACCAGUUUCUAGCACUUGCAUACACAAGCAAAUCUGGUCCUAUACAAGAGCGCAAGGGUUUG